UCUCUCUGCCUGUGUCUCUCUCCCCCUCUCCAUCCACACCAAAGCUCUUUAGGUACUUUGCGCAUGUACGGCCAGUCAAACCGAACAUUGCAUCGACUCCAAGAUGGCGAAAACACGUCUGGUUUGCCUCCUGACUCUCCUCUCAACUCACUGCUUCCUCAGCGUGUCAGCAGUGGUCCUGAGAACAAGUAAUGGCGCACCGUGGACCAAUGAGUUUGACAAAAUUGAGUUAUCAUGUAUGAUUGAGUCCAUUUCGUCAACCAACCCCAGAAUUGAAUGGAAGAAGAUAACAAAUGAGGGUCCAAGUUAUGUGUACUUUGACAAGAAGAUCUCAGGUGACCUGGAGAACAGAGCGGUGAUUAGAGAACCUGCCACAUUACUGAUAACCAACGCCACGAGAUCAGACACAGCCAAAUAUCGCUGUGAGGUCACCGCCGCUGAAGACCAGAAGUCAUUUGAUGAGAUCGUGAUUGACCUCACUGUAAGAGUAAAGCCAGUGGUGCCAAAGUGCAGUGUCCCGAAAUCGGUGCCUUUUGGGAAGUCGGCCGAGCUGAGCUGUGUGGAGGAGGAAGGUUUCCCCAAGUCUACGUAUCUGUGGUUCAAGAACAGAGAGGAGAUUCCCAUCAACCCAAAGACCAGCUCCAAUUUCUUCAACUCCUCAUACAUGCUCAACAAAGAAGCAGGAACUCUGAAGUUCAUCGCAGUCACGAGAGAAGAUGCAGGCGAGUACUACUGCCGAGCACAUAACGAUGCAGGAUACGCCGAGUGUCCACCCCAGCAGAUGGAAGUCUAUGAUAUUGAUGUCGUUGGCAUUGUGCUGGGAGUGUUGGUGGUGGUCAUAGUGCUCUUAUGCAUAACAGUGGGAAUCUGCUGUGCAUACAAACGAGGCUUCUUCUCCAGCCAAAAGCAAACAGGGAACAAUUACAAGGUUCCUGCUAAAGGAGAUGGAGUGGACUACGUCAGGACGGAGGAUGAGGGAGAUUUCCGACACAAAUCGUCAUUUGUGAUCUGAAAAAGGAGAGGAUGAUGGGGGAGGGGGGGGGGCAUUGCGCUGAGUGAAAGACGUGACAUGUGGGACUGCGCUCCACGCUGUCUGACCACGGGGCUGCCACAGCUCAUGCUCUGAGCUCUCAGCAUGACUGAAAUCCAACUACUACAAGUUUGCCAAAGGUGACAAGAUUCCACAGGACAACAGUGUGUCACACAUGUAGGGACUGAGAUUCGUUCGUCAACUUAGCACCAACCGAGUUCUUUUACUAAAUUAUGGAGUCGUUACUUUACAGUUAUUGCAUGGUCUCAAACACUGAUGGAAAUGGAGGAAAUCAAACAUUUGUUUGUUCUGCAGGUAGGAAAGGGAGGAGUCUCUUUCCUCCAGAGUCAGUCUAUCAUGACACCUUUCUACUAUAAACGUUUAGCUUCAAACCUUUUGUCAUUUGUAUAACCUUUCUUUUCUACUGUUGAAAUUUGUCAGACUAUUUUUGAUGGAAUAUAUUUUAAAAUGCCUAUAGAUAAAGGUUUACUUUUUUAAAUAUUUGUAAUAUACUAACAUGUGUUGUUUUUUUUUUUUUUGUUUAGUUUUUUUUUUUGUUGGAUGUGGAUUAAAAAAAAAAAAAAAACUUUAACCACUUUGCAUCAAGCUGCAAGCAUUUACACCUGUUGAAAUCAGAAGAAAGACAAAUGGAAAAAAAAAAUACUUGCAUAUUAGCAUAUCAAGAGGUGGUUCGUGAUUGUCGGUCUUACAUAUUUAAUUUCUCUUGUGGGAGCGUCCAGGUUCUGUUGUGAGAGACUUCCAUGUUAAUGUUUGUAGAUAGUCUUUGUAUGAGGCUUUGAAGAGUGCCAGUCAAAUGCUGUGAAACACUGUACACAAUCAGUGCUGCAUUUUCUUCAUUUUAAGUGUCCUUCUUUGCUUGCUGUUGAUCUUGUAUAUAUUGAAUUUACUGUCCAGGAUAGAUUUUGGCUGUCAUACAUUCAGUAUUACCGGUACACUAUAAUAAUGAUAACAACAACAACAAUAAUGAUAGGACUAAUAAUGAUAAGACAGGGUUUUGUAAGUUAACCUUCCAGACCCAAACAAGACUAGAGAAAACUCGUCUUGAACAUCUGCAACACUGCUGCAUCUUUUCUUUUAACAUUUCACUGUGUAAAAGCUUCUGUUUGAAUUCCGAACAGAAAGAAAUAGAUGAGCUGACGCAGUUGAGAAAGUGACUGACAGAUCAAACCUGUCGUCCUGGCUCACACAAUAACAUCAGUGAAAAUAUCCAGACUCUGAUUAUAUAGACUAAUACAGGUAGACCCCGCUGAGACCCCCACACUACGCAUGAAUUCGCUGAUAUUGAUACUGAUGCCCAGUCUGUUCACGAAGUCGUUUUUCUAGUUGGCUAAUUAGAGAGGAGAGCUCAUCUAACAUUUCUAACCUUAAGUUGUGACUUAUUAAUUGAUUUUUCGGUUUGAAUGGAGCUUGUAUUGUACUCAUUCCUGUCAGUGAAGCUGAGGGCACACAGGACUUCACUGUUACAGCAGCAUACAGCAGGGGUCUGGAGGGUUAACAGGUGUACUGAUUGUAUAUAUAUAUUAUAUUUGUUCUUUCUCUCUCUCUCUCUCUCUCUCUCUGAAGAUUAUGUUAAGUGAUGAAAAAUGUAAAAAAAAAAAAAAAAUCCUGUUUGAGGCAAUAUGAAACUCUUUCCAUUUGUAAGUCUGAGAAAAGGUAACAUUUUAUCAUAUGAUCCACAACACUUGAGCCAGAGCUUCUUAACAGCAGCAUGACUCAGCAUUAAAGAGGUAUUCACUGCUUCCAACUGGUUCCAAACAGAUAAAAUAAUCACACAAAUAAAUGUAAGAUACGUGUCAGCAGUCAGUCAGCUCGUAUGAAUCUCUUGUUCAGCUAUUAAUGAUUUGCCAUCAACAAAUAUGAUAAAAUGUUAACUGAAUAUCAGUCAUGGUAGAGACGAUCUGCCCAGCAUUUGCACGUAGGGAGUUGUCAACACUGCUCAGCCUGGUUUCCAAGAUGACAUGUUGCAUUCAGGAGCCAAGAGAAAAGUGUGCUAUUAACCCUCUGAAGUUCACAAACGGCUCCUGUUACAGAUGCAUUAUACGGUGAGAAACAAGCAUUUUCCCCUCUUCAUUUGUACAAAUUUCAUUCCUCUUAAGUGCCUUUAAAGUAGCUCCAGCUCCUCUGUGCUCCAUGCCACGCUCUCUCUCGCAUUUUCUUGCGCUGCCGUCGGAGGCUUCAUGUUUUGAAUUCAUUUAACCACAAGCACGGCGUUUGAGAGGAAUGAUAUCACCGCAAAUUUCCACAUCCCUUCUUUACAUGCGUGCAAAUUUUGUAAAUAGCUUUUUAUUUCAUAGAUUUGAAGGUGUAGACAUGUUGAAGUAGGAAUAGAAAUUUAUUAGUGCCUAAUUAUAGUGGGAAUUAUUUUUGGUAAAGACACAUAGCACUAUUAGGCAAAAGAAAAAAGAUGGAUACCCAAAGCAGGGACAUUUAUAUAUGAGCUGUGGUUUAUAACACGUUUAAAAAGACACGUUGCCCUGAAUAACUGAGAUACGUUUUUCAUUUAUAACACCACACCCGGGAGGAAUUUGAUUUGGAAACCCACCACUGCUCCACUGCUCCCAGAAAUGAACACAGUGUUCACGAGCCGACUCAGUAUUCAUGAAAGUGUCAUGCAGCUGUAAUGAAGCUGUGAUACAUAUAUAUAUAUAUAUAUUUUUUUUUUUUAGACAGUGUGAGCGUUUUAUAAAGCAGAGUUCAUGCAAAGUGUCAUCCACAAACAACAAGUUCAUGUGCGGCAGCUACAUGUAGGCCUACAUUCAGCCUACGGGCAGUCCGAGUCAGUCUUGGAUGUUGUAACAGUGGUGCAGCGGCGGUGAAAAAGAUUAUAUUUACAUCACAGUGAGAGCUUAUUUACAUCUUUUACACCACACUGACAGAUGGCUUCCAGUGUGUGUUCCUUAUUCGGGGGAAAGAUAGAUGCCAAGCUGACUCGCCAUUGUCUUUCAGCUGUUAAACUCUUAUUGUCUGAGGACUGGUACAUCAUGUAAGAAAUUAUGAUUUUGUGAACCAAACUCAAAUACAGCAGAAUGUCCAUUUGGGGCCAGCUGGGGCUGUUUUUGUUCAUUGUAGAACCACUCUAUUUGUGAUUAAUAAAACUCACUUCUAAUAUUA